AUGGUUUUUUCCGAUAAAUCAAUUGUCGAAACUACGUCGGCGUGGAAGAAUCAUGCAAAGGCAGAAGGUGUAUGGAACAAAUCCAUUCAUGAUGUCAUUCAUCUUAAGUCCGCCUCCAAAACAGGAGACGAACAGUACCUGGCCUUACGGGUUCUCUGGGCUUCCCGGGAUGCUGAAGACCUCCUAAUGGGAGUUAAUGUGGAUAGGUCAGAUGCAAAGAGGCACCUGGAAAACCUGGAGUGGCGAAGCUAUGUUAGCCACGCAGAAAAUGGAUUCCGUGGCUCUCCAAAUGUGGGAAUUUACAGCUGUUUAUAUGACUUCCAGGCCGUCGUUGGUGUCAUUCCCAAAAAUGAUCAUGAGUCCGUUAAAGUCACACAGCCCAUUGCGUUCAGAACUCGCCGUGCUCUGGCUAAAAAAGAAAAUACCGCUGUAUCACGCAGGCGAGAUCCUCAUCGAACACCAACACCCACCCCGACUUCCAGGCGAACGGCUGUGCAGCUUGAGGACAUUGAUAUGACAGACGACGACGGAGAAGAAGAGGAAGAGGAGGAGGAGGAUGAUGAUGAUGAUGACGACGAUGACGAUGAUAGAGCUCCAGAGACCUUUCAAACAGAAUUUGAUCCCAUAUCACCAGUUUCAUUAGACUUGGUUGCGUUUUUUCCUCCCGUGGAAGACGAGCAGGUUGUCAAUACCGCCUUGAUAUUGCUUCUGUUGUGCAUUUGCCGAGGGUACAAUAAAAUCGGAAAGUUGCGGUGGUCUUUACAACGAAAAGCUUUCAAUUUUAAGAAGAAAUCCACCCUUAUGAGAGGGAAACAAUUAUAUAGUGCACUGUUUCAAGCCAGAACAGAUGGUCACCUGGCAUUUGAAGACCGCUCUCUGGCAAUUCUCGAAGUCAAGGCACGAACUCGACUUGACGCAAUGCCUUGGAAACAAGAGAGUGCCCAGAUGGCUGCCUGGAUCUAUGCUGAACCAGACAAGGAGAAGGGUCGAACACAUUAUCGGCGGCUUAUGAUCUCUCAAGAUCGGCAUGAAAUCUAUGUUAUUGUUGCCACAUAUUCUCAAAAAUAUGUGGAUUAUAUUACUCAAGUAACGACUGCAACUGAUGACUACUCAUUCAUGACUAUGACUGAAUACGGUCCUUUUGUACCAGACAAAAAAGGCCAUAUGCAGCGGUUAGGCUCAGUCUUAUUAGCACUUACUCAAAGACUAGAGGAACGUGCCCUCGCAGGUUUCCCUUGUAGAUGGGAAUGA